UACCAAAUUAGCCAUUGAGAAGUGACUGAUGAGACUAAGGAGCUUUAAGAGUUCAAAUUGCUGUAAUUGCUUGCAUCAUAGAUAGAGGAAUUUAUUGGAUAAGUUAGAAAUACAACGAUCUUUUGUCCCCAAAAUAUGCCUUAUUUGAGCAGGUUGACCUUCUCUGAAGUAGUACCCAAGAAUGCUUAUCUCCUAGCGUAGAAAAGAAGAAACAUUUGUGAGAUCUGGAAACGCUGAAGUUUAGUUUUAGAUAAGCAUUAGUGUGGCUGAAUAGUGCUGCAAAUAGGCGUACUACAUUGAAGAGUGCACAUAAAGUAUUUAAUUAAAAAUGUGAAACGUUGAAAGCCCUUCCGGACUCGCUUACUCCCACUCCACACUUCCCAUUUUAUAGAUAUUAUUGUUUUUAUGUAGAAUGUAUUAUACAUAAAAGGGAAGGAAUAUAUGGAGGAUUAUGGGCAGUCAAGAUGCGGUGAAAUGAGCUCAGUGCACAUGUCUUGAGCCCAAACAAAACACCCAUAGUCAACAAGUUUUGACUCUCUCCAUCACUGCCAUUUUUAGGCCUAGAAGCAAAAACAUGGAGCUUCAAGAAUUUGGUGACUCCAUCGAGGAAAAUAGCAAUUGCCAUGAUCCGCUUUUUCCUAAUCCUACUUCAUUUCCCUUUGUUCUUUCCUUUCAUAACCUCAGCUAUAGUGUUAAAGUUCGACGCAAACUGACAGUACUUCCUAGGUGCUUGAGGAGAACUAGCUGGGAUGGCAAGUUGCCAGGGGAAAGCACAGAUGAGGACAUGAGUCGCACGAAGGUAUUGUUGAAUGACAUUUCAGGGGAAGCAAGGGAAGGUGAAAUCAUGGCGGUCCUUGGUUCUAGUGGCUCGGGAAAAUCCACGUUGAUCGACGCCCUUGCAGACCGUAUAGAAAGGGAAAGUCUUAAAGGUAGUGUAACAUUGAAUGGUGAAGUUUUGGAGUCCAAGUUUCUAAAAAUGAUCUCAGCUUAUGUUAUGCAAGAUGACCUCUUGUUUCCCACGUUGACAGUCCAAGAAACCCUCAUGUUCUCAGCCGAAUUCCAUCUUCCAAGGACUUUAUCUUGGUCUAGCAAGAAGUCAAGAGUUGAAGCAUUGAUCGAUCAACUAGACUUGCAAAAUGCUGCUAAUACAAUGAUUGGAGAUGAAGGCCACAGGGGAGUGUCUGGCGGAGAACGCAGGCGUGUUUCAAUUGGAAUAGGAAUCAUUCAUGACCCUAUUCUCCUAUUUCUUGAUGAACCUACAUCAGGACUUGAUUCUACUAGUGCUUAUAUGGUGGUCAAGGUUUUGCAAAAAAUAGCUCAAAGUGGAAGCAUUGUGAUCAUGUCAAUUCACCAGCCAAGUUACAGAAUCCUCUGUUUGUUGGACCGUUUGAUCUUUCUUUCAUGUGGUCAAAUAGUUUUUGGCGGUUCACCUACAAGCAUUCCCCAGUUUUUUGCUGAAUUUGGGACCCCAAUUCCAGAAAAUGAAAAUUGGGCAGAGGUGGCUUUAGAUUUCAUACAAGAACUAGAAGAAACUCCAAAUGGAACCAAGAAUUUGGUGGAAUUCAACAGAUCAUGGCAAAGAGAAAAUCCAGCUUGCACCAGCUUUUUCAAUGGACCUAAACCAUCGUUGCAAGAUGCCAUAAGUGCAAGUGUUUCAAGGGGAAAAUUAGUCUCAGGAGCAACAAAUAUCGACCACAAUAUUUCUUCCUUAGACGUCCCAAAAUUUGCUAAUCCAUUCUGGAUGGAAAUGGUUGUGAUAGCAAAAAGAUCCAUACUUAAAUCCAUGAGAAUGCCUGAGCUGUUUUACGUUCGUUUUGGUGCUGUUGUUGCAACUGGGAUCAUUCUAGCCACACUCUUUAGAAAACUGGACAAUUCCCCAAAAGGGAUUCAAGAAAAGCUAGGUUUCAUUGCCUUUGCCAUGGGUUCAAUCUUUUACAUAUGUCUUUACGCCAUGCCAGUCUUCCUCCAAGAAAGGUACAUUUUCAUGAGAGAGACAGCAUAUAAUGCUUAUCGCCGUUCCUCUUAUGUUCUCUCCCAUACCAUCAUCUCGCUUCCUUUACUAUCUGUCCUCUCCCUUACGUAUGCUUUAACAACUUAUUGGUUAGUCGGUCUAGCAGGUGGCUUUUCGGGGUUUAUUUUGUUCUUCCUCUUCAUGUUUUCCACAUUUUGGGCUGCUAAUUCCUUUAUCACAUUCCUCUCAGGAGUUAUUUACUCUGAAAUGGUUGCUUACACAGUAGUCACCUUAAUUUUGGGUUGGUUUAUGUUGUUAAGUGGCUUGUUCAUUGACCGAGAUCGGAUCCCCCCUUAUUGGAUAUGGUGUCACUAUUUAUCUCCACCAAAAUACCCUUAUCAAGGUGUUUUACAGAAUGAAUUUGAUGAUCCAUACAAGUGUCUUGUAAAGGGUAUCAAGAUUUUUGACGCCUCGCCGUUGAAGGAUGUUACUGAGUCGUUGAAGAUAGAGUUGCUUCAAGACAUGAGCAAGAUCUUGGGGAUGAACAUAACAAACUCAACUUGUUUGACAACAGGAAUAGAUAUAUUGAAGCUAACCGCGGUGAAUGAUUUAGACAAGUGGACUGACUUGUGGAUCACCAUUGCUUUGGGAAUAUUCUACAGGAUUCUCUUCUAUUUUGCUUUGUUGAUUGGAAGCAAAAAUAAGAGGCGCCGAGUACUUUUUUGAGGAAGAAUAUCUUGACAAAAUCUUUCAAGAAGCAAGGUAGUCAAACUCAACUAGAAAAAUGGAGAUUUUCUUGUUUGAAAUUUGCAUUUUGUUUGUCUCUCACAGAUUUGAGAUAGUUAUGUCUCUACAUUUAUUUUGAAGUUUAAGGUAGACCUUUUGUAGGUCAAGAGACAAAAUUUUGUCCAUUAUGGACAUGUUUCUUUGUUCAAACACCAUGUCAUGUUUGCCUCCAAUUAACAUAAUUCAGAAAUUUAAAGUCA